UCUUCAUCAGAAUUUAAAAUACACCAGCGAGUACACACAAGAGAGAAAUCUCACCACUGUUUUGAUUGUGGGAAGAGUUACUUAAGAUUAAAAUCACUAAAAGAACACAUGAGAAUUCACAUAGGAGAGAAACCUUUUAGCUGUGAUCAGUGUGGGAAGAGUUUUACUACAUCAAGCCAUCAGAUUGUACACCAGAGAUCACACACAGGAGAGAAAUCUUAUAGCUGUAAUCAAUGUGGGAAGAGUUUUAAUACAUCUAGCAACCUUAUUGUACACCAAAGAACACACACAGGAGAGAAACCUUAUAGCUGUGCUCAAUGUGGGAAGAGUUUUACUCAGCUAAGCGGUCUGAUAUACCACCAGAGAACACACACGGGAGAGAAACCUUAUAGCUGUGAUCAAUGUGGGAAGAGUUUUACUACAUUUAGCAAUCUGACUAAACACCAGAGAACACACACAGGAGAUAAACUACACACAGGAGAGAAGCCUUAUAGCUGUGAUCAAUGUGGGAAGAGUUUUACUAAAUCAAGUAAUCUGAAAACACACCAGAGAACACACACAAGAGAGCAGCCUUACAGCUGUGAUCAGUGUGGCAAGACUUUUACUCAGUCAACCAACCUGGUAUCACACCAGAGAACACACACAGGAGAGAAACCUUAUACCUGUGAUCAAUGUGGCAAGAGUUUUACUCAGUCAAGUAGCCUGGUAUCACACCAGAGAACACACACAGGAGAGCAGCCAUAUAGCUGUGAUCAGUGUGGCAAGGGUUUUACUCGGUCAACCAACCUGGUUUCACACCAAAGAACACACACAGGAGAGCAGCCUUAUAGCUGUGAUCAGUGUGGCAAGAGUUUUACUAAUUCAAGAAACCUGGUAUUACACCAGAGGACACACACAGGAGAGAAGCCAUAUAGCUGUGAGCAAUGUGGGAAAAGCUUUUCUCGGAUAGGAUACCUUAAAGGACACCAGAGAACACACACAGGAGAGAAGCCAUAUAGCUGUGAUCAUUGUGGAAAGAGUUUUACUCAGUCAAGCAAGCUGCUAUCACACCAGAGAACACACACAGGAGGGCAGUCAUAUAGCUGUGAGCAAUGUGGGAAAAGCUUUUCUCGGAUAGGACACCUUAAAGGACACCAGAGAACACACACAGGAGAGAAGCCUUAUAGCUGUAAUCAGUGUGGGAAGAGUUUUACUCAUUCAAGUAAUCUGAAAACACACCAGAGAACACACACAGGUGAGAAGCCUUAUGGCUGUGAUCAGUGUGGCAAGAGUUUUACUCAGUCAAGCAACCUGGUAUCACACCAGAGAACACACACAGGAGAGCAGUCAUAUAGCUGUGAUCAGUGUGGCAAGAGUUUUACUCAGUCAAGCAACCUGGUAUCACACCAGAGAACACACACAGGAGAGCAGUCAUAUAGCUGUGAGCAAUGUGGGAAAAACUUUUCUCAGGGAGAAAGCCUUAAAGAGCACCAGAGAACACACACAGGAUAGAAACCUUAUAGCUGUGAUCAAUGUGACAAGAGAUACUCUGUCAAGUGGUCCAGAAAAUACAGAAAAAUCAGAAAAUACAUGCAGGAGAUCCACAGAGUGUAGAAUGACCUCCAACACCAGACCUGGGUAGUAGAACACAGAGUGUGGAAUGAUCUCUAACACCAGACCUCUAUAUAUCAAAUCACAUUUUAUUUGUCACAUACACGUGUUUAGCAGAUGUUAUUGCAGGUGUAGCAAAAUGCUUGUGUUUCUAGCUCCAACAGUCCAGUAAUA